UUGAAAGCAUUUAAAUAAUAUUCAAAUUGUAAUCUGUAAUUUAUUUCCGCCAGGGAGGACCUUUGGGACCUUUUAAAUAAAAUAUGCAUAUCAGUAUUCAGUAAUCAAACGUCGAUUUACGGAAAACUGGAAGCAGAUAUAAAUUCACGAAUUUAAAAUAGAUACGCUGUUCACUAAAUUACAUACAACAAACACAAUCCAUUUGUAAUAGUGGAAAUAGAAACAAACAAAACUAAAAAUAAUUUGUCAAAACGAAAUUACAAAGGAGCGAAAGGAUGCUGCCAAUACUUUUCUUCACUUGGCUGGUCACCCUGCCAAUCGCUUCUGGCAUAAUCAAUUGCCGCACAGCCUGCCGGCAUUGUAGGGAGAAGCUGGAACAUCCAGAAAUGCUGGAAGUGUAUUGUGCAAUGUGUGACGAGUGUAAUGAGAGGAGAAGGGAGUGGUUGGGCGGACCUCCGAAUUUACUGAGAGUCGAAAAGAAUGAGGAGUAUUUGACGAAUGAUGGACAGCAGGAUUCGCAAGAUGAAUGUGAAACAACACCAAUCGACGAGUCUUGCGAACAACCUCAACUCUUAACCCAAACACUUACUACUACAGCUUCCACCACGACUACUUCAACUACUACCCGUAAACCCUGCACUCCAAAGCCUUGUACAGCAACCAUACCAUGCCAAAGCAUAGCAUGCCCCAUACCAAUGGCCAUACCAGUAUGUCCAAUGUGUCCUAUGCAAAUGACUGGAUCUUUCUACACUGUGGCAGCUUUACCGUCAAGUAUGGGUGAAUUAACAGAGGUUACUCCAAAAAAAAUGACAGGGAGGUCGGCUACUUCAGAAUUGUAUUUUUAUCUUGGUGUACCCAAGAAGUUAUUGAAACAAUUACAACUGUCAGGAUCUUAGGUGUCUACUACAAAUUGGCCAAAAUCCCAAUCCACGGACACGUACUCGUACGAAGCGAUUUGAGUCC